UAUUAAAGUCACGGGCCACUUCCGGUUUUGCAAAACAGCCAAAGAUGGCGUCCGGCACAGAGGUGUGCGGAGCAGCCAGUGACGAGGAACCGACGGAAAGUUUAGCGUCACAGAAGAGAGAGGAAAGGCUGAGGAAGUUCCGAGAGCUUCAUCUAAAAAGGAACGAAGCUCGUAAACUGAAUCAUCAGGAAGUGGUGGAGGAGGACAAGCGCCUGAAGCUGCCCUCUAACUGGGAGGCUAAGAAAGCUCGACUCGAAUAUGAGCUUAUGGUGGACGAAAAGAAGAAGGAGUGUGCGGCUCGAGGGGAGGAUUACCACCGCGUGAAACUGUUGGAGAUCAGCGCAGAGGAUGCUGAGAGAUGGGAGAGGAAGAAGAAGAAGAAGCAAAACCCUGAUCCUGGCUUCUCAGGGUACGCCGAGGCCCAGCUGAGGCAAUACCAGAGGCUCACUAAACAGAUAAAGCCUGAUAUGGAAAGCUACGAAAGGCAAAGAGAGGAGUGUGGUGAAGACUUCCAUCCAACCUCCAACAGUCUGAUCCACGGCACACAUGUUCCCUCUAGAGACGCCAUCGACCGCAUGCAGGAGGACAUCGAGAAACAGAUCGAGAAGCGCUCCAAGUUCAGCCGGCGCAGAGCCUACAAUGACGACGCAGACAUCGACUACAUCAACGAGAGAAACGCCAAGUUCAACAAGAAAGCCGAGCGCUUCUACGGAAAGUACACCGCCGAAAUCAAGCAGAACCUGGAGAGAGGAACCGCGGUGUAGCCGUCUCUGUUGUUCUCAGGAUGGUAACGCUGUGUGUGUGUUUUUGUUUUUGUUUUUUAAUUUCUGCUCUGUUUAUACUCUGACGUGUAGACAUCACUCUGUUAGUGUAAAUUAAUACCGUUCAUGAUGCUUCUGCCUAUUGUGUGAAACUCUCUUUUAAUAAAAAACAACUUGAGUUUUAA